CAUCCCACAGCACCUGCCAUUCAGAGUGGAAUCAGACUAGCGGUUGGGAAUAACAACUCCAGAAUUUCAGAUCAGGCCUGUAAUUGGUGUAGGAGAGGCUUUGGGCGGGGCAUCUCGAUAGGGAGGAGACGUCAUUAGAAACCUGUGGGGCCAGUCUACAGCUGUCACUACUCGAGUUAAGCUUUAUAAUAUUUGAGUAUUCGAAGUUCUGGAGCGUAAGCAGCAUUCUCAGUACGUACUAGUUUCACUUGGCAUUUGAAUGAAAUAGGUAAACCAAUGGCGUUUCGUCCUCCUAGACUGCCGAAAUAUCAAGUAGUCCCAGGGUUUUAAUGAGAAGGAAAGUAGGACGGCGUCAGGGAUUGGGAGCUACAAGGCACGCACUGGGUUGAAGCCAGAGAAAAAGUCGGAAGAUAGAGCUGCGCCUGUAAUUGCUUUCGAAGCCGCAGCCACUCGAGUGCCGGACUUGUAAGUACUCUGCGCCUCCCAUCCUCGGACUGAAGUCGGAGAACUCUCCCAGCUAGGCGACGAGAUCCUGCACAACUACCUUCUUUUGCUCUCCCCACCAGACUAAGGGACAGAACAACUGCCACCCUUCCUCUGCCUACCAGAUGGGGGGGCAAAAGCAGUAGCUGACCAGCACCGCCUCCUUCCGACCCGGGAGGUGGGGAUCUCCCCACCCCGCCCCGCCGGGUCCAGCCAAAUUCAACAUUAAUUUUCUCCUCCCGCUGCUCCUAUAUUCCCUACACCCCCACCUCCUUCCCCUAUCCCUCCUCCUUACAAACAGGGGAGGAGAUAAGGGGAGUCCAGGUCGUCAUGACAGAGCUGAAGGCAAAGGAACCCCAGGCUCCCCACGUGGCGGGCGCUGCGCCCUCCUCCACACUGCUCGGAGCGCCUCUGCUGGGACUCCGGGACGCUGGCCCUUUCCAGGAGAGUCACACCUCGAACUCCUCGCCUGUAGUCUCAGCUAUACCUAUCUCUCUGGACCCGUUGCUCUUCCCUAGGCCUUGCCAGGGACAAGACCCGGACCCGAAGACACAGGACCAGCAGCCGCUGUCAGACGUGGAGGGGGCGUAUCCCAGAGUUGAAGCCACAAGCAGUGCAGGAGCUGGCAGCUCCAGACCCCCAGAAAAGGACAGAGGGCUGCUGCACAGUGUCUUGGACACGCUACUGGAGCCUUCAGCUUCCGGGCAGACCCACGCCAGCUCUCCUGCCUGUGAGGCCGCCAGCCCUUGGUGCCUGUUUGGCUCUGAGCUUCCUGAAGACCCCCGGGUUGCCCCCACCACCCAGGGGGGGUUGUCUUCGCUCAUGAGCCGGCCAGAGGGCAAGGCUAGCGACAGCUCCGGAACGGCAACUGCCCACAAAGUGCUGCCCAGGGGUCUGUCACCGCCCCGACAGCUGCUGCCCCUGACCUCUGGGAGCCACCAUUGGUCUGGGGCCUCAGUGAAACCAGCUCCGCAGCCUGCUGUGGUAGACGUAGAGCAGGAGGAUGGCUUGGAGUCCGAAGGCUCCGUGGGUCCACUUCUGAAGGGCAAAUCCCGGGCUCUGGGAGGCACGGCAGCUGGAGGAGGAGCUGCAGCCACCGCUCCUGGGGUGGCCGCAGGAAGCGUCACCCUGGUCCCCAAAGAAGAUUCCCGUUUCUUGGCGCCCAAGGUCGCCCUGGCAGAGCAGGACGCGCCAGCGGCGCCCGGGUGCUCCCCGCUGGCCACCACGAUGAUGGAUUUUAUCCACGUGCCCAUUCUGCCCCUCAACUCGGCCUUCCUGGCCGCCCGCACCCGUCAACUGCUGGAAGGGGAGAAUUAUGACGGCGGGGCCGCGGUUGUCAGCGCCUUUGCCCCGCCGCGGGGUUCACCCUCAGCUUCUUCCACCCAGGUCGCUGCUGGCGACUUCUCCGACUGUGCGUACCUGCCCGACGCCGAGCCCAAGGAUGAUGCGUUCCCGCUCUACGGCGACUUCCAGCCGCCAGCCCUGAAGAUCAAGGAGGAGGAGGAAGGCACCGAAGCCGCUGCCCGCUCCCCGCGGCCGUACCUGGUGGCGGGUCCCAACCCCGCAGUCUUUCCGGAUUUGCCGCUGGCGCUGCCGCCGCUCCCUCCGCGAGCGCCGUCGUCCAGACCCGGGGAGGCCGCGGGGGCGUCCGCCGCACCCGCCAGUGCCACAGUCUCGUCCACGUCCUCGUCUGGGUCGACCCUGGAGUGCAUCCUGUACAAAGCGGAGGGCGCGCCGCCCCAGCAAGGCCCGUUUGCUCCGCCGCCUUGCAAGGCGCCCGGCGCAGGCGCCUGCAUGCUGCCGCGGGACGGUGCCUCCACCUCAGCUUCUGUUGCUUCCGCCGGGGCGGCCUCUGCGCUCUACCCGCAGCUCAGUCUCAACGGGCUCCCGCAGCUCGGCUACCAGGCCGCAGUGCUCAAAGAGGGCCUGCCGCAGGUCUACCAGCCCUAUCUCAACUACCUGAGGCCCGAUUCAGAUGCCAGCCAGAGCCCACAGUACAGCUUCGAGUCUUUACCUCAGAAGAUUUGCUUAAUCUGUGGGGAUGAAGCAUCAGGCUGUCAUUAUGGCGUCCUCACCUGUGGGAGCUGUAAGGUCUUCUUUAAAAGGGCAAUGGAAGGGCAGCAUAAUUAUUUAUGUGCUGGAAGAAAUGAUUGCAUUGUUGAUAAAAUCCGCAGAAAAAACUGCCCUGCAUGUCGCCUUAGAAAGUGUUGCCAGGCUGGCAUGGUCCUUGGAGACAUUUGUAUCCACUUUGAAGGCUAUUACAUACAGUGCAGCUGUGAAACUUUUGCACAUUCCAUCCCUCAGAAUAAAAUUCAUCAGGGUCGAAAGUUUAAAAAGUUCAAUAAAGUCAGAGUUAUGAGAGCAUUGGAUGCUGUUGCUCUCCCACAGCCUGUGGGCAUUCCAAAUGAAAGCCAAGCCCUAAGCCAGAGAAUCGCUUUUUCACCAAAUCAAGACAUACAGUUGAUCCCCCCAUUGAUUAACCUGCUAAUGAGCAUUGAACCAGAUGUGAUCUAUGCAGGACAUGACAACACCAAACCUGAUACCUCCAGUUCUUUGCUGACAAGUCUUAAUCAACUAGGCGAGAGACAACUUCUUUCAGUAGUCAAGUGGUCUAAAUCAUUGCCAGGUUUUAGAAACUUACAUAUUGAUGACCAGAUAACUCUCAUCCAGUAUUCUUGGAUGAGCUUAAUGGUGUUUGGACUAGGAUGGAGAUCUUAUAAACAUGUCAGUGGGCAGAUGCUAUAUUUUGCACCUGAUCUAAUACUAAAUGAACAGAGGAUGAAGGAAUCAUCAUUCUAUUCACUAUGCCUCACCAUGUGGCAGAUUCCACAGGAGUUUGUCAAGCUUCAAGUUAGCCAAGAAGAGUUCCUGUGUAUGAAAGUAUUGCUACUUCUUAAUACAAUUCCUUUGGAAGGGCUAAGAAGUCAAAACCAGUUUGAAGAGAUGAGAUCAAGCUACAUUAGAGAGCUCAUCAAGGCAAUUGGUCUGAGGCAAAAAGGAGUUGUCUCUAGCUCACAGCGUUUCUACCAACUUACAAAACUUCUUGAUAACUUGCAUGAUCUUGUUAAGCAGCUUCAUCUGUACUGCUUGAAUACAUUUAUCCAGUCCCGAGCACUGAGUGUUGAAUUUCCAGAAAUGAUGUCUGAAGUGAUUGCUGCACAGUUACCCAAGAUCUUGGCAGGGAUGGUGAAACCUCUGCUCUUUCAUAAAAAGUGAAUGCCAUUUUUAUCUUUAAAAAUUAAAUUUUGUGGUAUGUCUGUUUUUCUUUUA